CCUCCACAUCAGCACCCACCACCCUGGACUCAGCACCCUGCAGCAGUAUAAAUCCUGCUGACCAUCGUCAGCCUCCACACUCUGCUCUCACACCUCUGGACUGAACUCACACCGAGGAAAAGGUAAAGAGUCUUAGAGGACAAUGACUGACCUGGAGACCUCGAUGGCGACCAUCAUCACGGUGUUUCAGAAGUAUUCGGAGCGAGAAGGAGACAAACACAAACUGAAGAAGAGCGAGCUGAAGGAUCUGCUCCACGACGAGCUGCCUGGGCUGAUGGCGCAUGUGAAAGACCAGAGCACCCUGGACAGUCUGAUGGAGGGCCUCGACUCGGACGGAGACUCUGAGUGCGACUUCCAGGAGUUCAUGACAUUGAUCUCCAUGGUUACCGUCUGUUGCCACGAGUUCUUCGAGCACGAGGACGAGUAGAGGGAGGAGACGGAUGGGAGCUACAGUAAAUGAAGAAGAAGAAGAAGCCUAGCAACGCACAACCUGGCGGUGCCUUGAGGGGAGUGUAGCGGCGUGGGAAAAUAAAACUCCGGCUAGCAGCCAAAAUUUUAGCAGUGGCUGGAAAACUGUUCAUUUAGUCAUAGUUUUAGUGUAAAUUCAAUAUUUUAGGCAUCCUGUUUGAUUUUAAAUAAGUAUGUGGGUUGUAAAAGUCUUCAAAAUGACCUUGAAAUUUGGUUGUGGCUACAAAGAUGGUGACUAAAACUCAGAUGUGGCCUUCACCUUAGUCCCAAUAAGUCAAAAAGCUGCUGAGAUGCCUCCAUGUUCGACAAAUCAGAUAUCUAAGGAAACAUUUGAGUUGGUUAUCUGUUAAAUAAAAUAAUUAUGUUGGCUAGAAAAAGUUUUGAAAUGACUAGCAAGUUUAAGAUUACAUAUAAAAAAAUUUCAGAGGCACAUAAAAAACGUUUGCAGGGUUAUUGAGCUGAAAAUUCAACAUCUAAAUACUUAUCUGUAGGGACUUUUCAGAGUUUUGAAAAGUAUAAGGCAUUUAAUCCAAUGGCAGGUUAGCUAAGAAACUACCUACAGACAGCCAGCUUUGUUCUAUAUAUCCUGUUUGACUAUCAAAUCCUGCUGAAGUAGGUCUUCUUUAAAAAUUAAGAUUUAAAAGGCUAAAAAAAAAUGUCAAAAUUGCGUGUGUAUUGUAACAAUUUUAGAAACCACUUUGGAAGCCUGCAAGUUUAAAAUUUAAGCUCAAAAGUAGCUUUUGAUUCCUUAAAGUUCUAGUUGACUUUAUAAUAAAGGAAACCUGUGCUUUUUAAAACCAUUUAAGCAUAUUUUAUCAAUUGUGCAUGAAAAUCUAAGCUGGGAAAAAUGCAGAACUUUUGGUUUGGCUGCAGAAUUCAGUACGAUGAGCAAACAAGGGUUCUCUUUAAAGUAUGAGUGCAAAAAAGGUGAAGUAAAAAAAGUUAGUGAAGUCAAUCAUAAUGGCACAAAAUAAUCAACUGGAGCUACUUUUAACAUCGCUGUUUAAACGCGUCGGCUCUUUGUAUUUCAGAAGUGACAAGUUAGCAAGUCAAGACGCCACAAGUCAAUCUAUUAAGAGUUCACAUUAGAGCAGUUGAUUGAAAAAAGGGCUAACAUUUUAUAUUCUAAAGACACUGUGUUUUUAAUCUGGUUUUCAUUUAAAUAAAAUAUUUAAUUGGACAAAACAUUUACAAUAGAAGCCGCAAUUUAGUGAAAAUCUAGCCGCCUUUAAAGUAGAGAGUGAGUUAAGAUUCAAGUCAAAAAUGGUUGUUAUUUGAUGUUUGGUGUUAACAUUUUGAAAAUGGCUUAUAUCUUUUCUUUUACUGUAGCUGCCAUGCUUUAAAACAGAGAAACAAGCUUGGCUUUUUGGAUUUUGGAUAUAGCUGGUUAUUUCAUUUAUUCCUUUUGUUGCAUUUAUUUGACUUUUUUGAAGUUGCUUAGCAAAAAUGCACCACUUAGAUCUUGCGUGUUUGAGUUCUUAGAAAUUCUUUUAAAAUAAUUUUAGACAAAAUGUUAUUUUAUUUCAGAUUCAAUAUUUCAAACCUGUAGCUAGCUGCUAAAAUAAUCACAAAUGUUUAGGACUUAUUAGUUUAGUUCAACCAAUAAGACAAUUCAACCUGCUAGAAUUUAAAAAAGCUACUUCUCUUUAUGAAAACAAAACAAUGAUGUGUUUAUUACAGCAGUUGGAACAGGAAAGUUUCUCCAAUGAUGUGUGAUUUGAAAUGUUGAUGACUGGUUCAUUUGAAUGUGGCUGACAUGAAAUUAAAUAAAUGAUGAAAAUGA